UCCGUCAGCCACCAUCAACGAUGGUGAAGCUACUAGAAGCUUAAGCAACUAGAAGCUUCCACCACCAUAGCCACUUUCACCUUCUCAUGUCCCUAUCGUCUUUUCGUUCCUUUGUACCCAUUUGGCACCACCGUGCUCCCAACCACCAGAGCUUGGGCCUCUUUGACGUCACGCAGCGUAUGAGGUUGCCGCCGCCUCUCAAAUGCUCCGCCGCAGAACCCGACCAGGAAACCAAGGUUCCUGCCACUUGCCUUCUCUUGAAUGUGUUGCAACUAUUCGAUGGUGUUCCUCUUCCUUUGGUUGGGAUGGUGGCGUAUGGCUUGGUUGCGGCGCUUGGUCUGCAAUUGGCCACAAAUAAGAUGUUGCCUUUUGGGAUUGGCAGGUCCAGAUCCCAGCUCAUGAUGUUCCAUUCUUUUUGAGUGCUUUCUCAGGUUUGCAGCAGCAUUGAUUAGUCAGAAAUUUGACUGCUGGUGGCCUAACAAACAUGUGAAUUUCUAUGAAACGAUACUGAACUCUCUCUUGUUGAGUAGCUCAUGUCCUUUAUCUUUGUACAAGGGUUGAAGAAGUUCGUAUAAUUUUAGGCUUUUAGUUGUUGUGCGUUGGAAUAACGCUAUUCUUUUAACUGUUUUUACAUUUCCAACUCUUUUGUUCCUCUUAAUCUAAACGUUGUCUAAUCCGUUUAUGAUGAUGUACAGGAAUACAUACAUUUAUUCUGAACCAUUAUGGGCAAUAGUCCAGCACCAUUUUCUGAUAUU